UUCCCUCCCCUCCCCUCCCCUGCUCACCGCCGCACCCUCCCUCCCUCCUCCCGUAGCAGCGCACCAUCACCCCCCCCCCCUCCCCAGCUCCUGCUCAGCAACAUCUGCUGCUGUCUGCGAAGGCGUGAUCGGUCGACUCGAGAGGCCCUGCCCUUGCCCCCGCUGCAUGCUGCCGCGGUAGCAGGCAAGGAGAAGAGGAGAGGAUGGCGGCCGAGGCGGUGGGGUUCAUGGCGCGGGGAGCCAGCGGCGGCAGGGCGGCGGAGCUCGUCACCAGGGACUUCCUCGGCGGGUGCGCGGCCGCCGACGACGCCAGGGACGCCGCCGCCAGGCAUGACGCCGUGCUGCAGCCCGGGAAGGCGUCCCUGCAGAAGCACGCGUGCCCGGCGGCGCCGAGGGACCUCAACCUGUUCCCGGUGGCCUCCGCCGCCGCCGCCGGCGCGACCAAGCCCUGCGCCGUGACGACGGCGCCCGCUGCGGCGGCCUCGUCCUCGGCCUGCGGCGGCGCCACCGCGACGUACCACAGCGUGUGCACGAUAGAGAAGGUGAAGACGGCGCUGGAGCGGUUCGAGCGCGGGAAGCAGAGCCAGCAGCACAGCGGCGCCGGCGCGUCCCCGUCGUCGUCGUCCGUGACCACGUCCUCCGUGAAGCGCCGCGGCGGCGCCGUGGAGCAGGGCGACGGGUGCGACUCCCCCUCGGGCGGCGGCGGAGGGGGGAUGGUGGCCGCGGCGUGCCCCAGGUGCUUCCUGUACGUGCUCAUCUCCCGGAGCGACCCGCGGUGCCCGCGGUGCGAGUCCCACGUGCCGGCUCCCCCCGCGACGGCGGCGCCCGCCGCGAGCAAGAAGCCCCGGAUCGACCUCAACGUCGGCUUCCUCGGCACCUAGCCGAGCCAUGGAUCGAUCCGUUCGUUGUUCGGUCGCCAUUCCGACGUCGUAAAGUUAGGCAAGGUGUUCACCGAUCCGUAUAACCUGGUUGGGGGUCGCCUCUUUUUUGGCUCCGAUUCCGUUUCUCCUCCCGGAAACGCAUCUCCAUGCACUCCGGGAAAUGCAUCUGCUAGGAAAUUUAUGGCCGGCGAUAGAACGAACUUGAAUGGUGAUACUGCUGCAACCAAAGUACUGUUCCUCAUGGUCUUGGGCGAUUGAUUGAUCCUGCGAGUU